UGAAGACUAUGAUCAAGCAUUUAAAUUAGUUAAACGUGGUGGUCGUGUCGUUCCUAUAGCUUUACCUAGUGAUAAAAUGUCCUUACCAAUUGUUGGUUAUAUUUUGAAUGGAAUUGCAUUAGUUAAAAGUCUUGUUGGUACACGACAAUAUUUACAAUUAGCGAAACUUCAUCAGAUCGCAUGUAAAGUUCAAAACAACUCUACCACUAAUUUUAUAAUUGAUAUCUUUUAA